UCCCAGCAUUCCGAGAUCGACGCGGAAGGAAGGGAGAUGCUGCUGCGAUUUCAGCCUUUUUCUUUUGACUGGUCGGUGGUUUGUCAACGUUGCCAAUCACUCCCCCCACCACCCCCUACCCCCGGCCUCAGGCACAAAGAAGCAAGCGCUGCGCUGCUUUCGAGGUAUGCCGCUUCUGAAAACAAAUCACCCGUUUCCUCUAUACCCUAAAAAACAAUUCUUAGUUUAAAUAGUGACGAGCUGCCAACCCUCUGCUCUGUGUAGGAAAAACUACAUUAGAGGUAAGAAGGCCUUAAGAAGACAUGUCAGCUCUCUGGCCAAAGAAGCCUAUAAGAUAUUCCCCCGAAGCCGAAAUACACUCCAGCUCAGCGAUGAGAAAGAAAGCGACCGUGAGCAGCAUGCACCGGCUGAUAAGAGACGAUUCAGAGACACUGCAGUGGGACAGCAGGGCUGCAGCCGCAGCAAGCGAUGCUGAGCAGGACGAUACAUCUAGCAGUGUAGUUUCAACAGAAUCCACAGCAGAAGUCCUUUCACCUACUGCCAUUUUGACCAUAACUAAACUCAAAUGCCAACUAGAAAGCAAACAGGAAAGGAUCACCUAUCUUGAAAAACAGAUUGAAGAUCUCCAGCAAGAUCGCAGCUUUCUUCGUUCACAAAUUGAGAAUUUAACCAGAGGUCCAAAGACGACUGAAGAUACUAAGCCAAGGAAAAGGUCCAGAACAACCUCCAGUAGCUCAGCAUUCAGCAUGGACAGUGGCUCUGACAUGUCAUUGACAACAGUGUCUUCAGCAACUUCCAGUGAGGUCAAAAAAAGAAAGCAUCACAAAGACAAAAGGAGGGGCAAGAAAUCGAAGGAUUACAGCAGAAAAAGAGCAACUGGUGUGCAGUAUGUCAUUCAUCGAUACAAGCAGGUGCUGUCGACCUUCAACAAGAAGAAAAGCAUGAGCGGAGCCUUCCGACAUUACGGCAUUGACAGGAACACCAUUGCUAACACAGCACCCAUAGCAGAGUUACACCUCGCAGCCAAAGACAUGCUGUCGGUAGUUGGACUCUUCAAUUCACGUGAAGAGACACUGGUUAAAUACGCACAAAAAUGUGCCACUCUCAUGGAAAAUGAUGAGAGCCUGUCCCGGAAAAUCGAGUUAAUGAAAGCUACUGGGGAGCUGUUGCCAAUAACAGCCAAAAAAUCCAAAAUACAUGAUGUAAAAGCAGAAAAGCAUUAGACAGGGGGCAGUAGAGCUCUGACAAUGAGGUGGAGCCAUCAGGUCCUCGAUGAUAAAUAUCUAAACUAAUGAUAAUUGGCCUUCAGACCAAUUUAAAUAAAUAAAUAAAUAAAAAUUAACAAUUUUCAUCUAAAUGGUUUGGAGUUAAGUAAUCAUUAUUUCUGGUGCACUUGGGAAUGCCUUAUUUUGGAAUAUAAGAUUUUUAAAAUUCAUGAUGGUAAAAAAAAAAUAGGUAAACGCAAUUCUUGGGUUUAAACUAUUUCUAAAACUUGUUCUGGGGAGUGACAGAGAGACUAUAGAGAUAGUCCAACUGGACAAAAUAAGCAAGCCAUUAAACAGGGGGCUUGGGUUUUGAAUUAUUUUGUUGUUUCUUUGCAUUUAUUUUUAAUUACAAAUAAAUAAAUACAUUUCAAUAGGGAUGGCAUGAAAUAAUGGUUUGUGAUACCAGUACAAUAAUCACAUUAUUUAUAUACAUAUAUAGAGAGAGAGAGCCCUGUGAAAUUGUUUUUAUAAUUUUUCGUUUUUUUUCACAAAUUGUUUUAUUUAAUUGUAUCUGCUAAAAAUUGUUUUAUUCAGUUUUAUUAGAUACACAUUAAUACAAUAAUUCAAGUAGAUGUAUAUACAUAAAAACAAAGUAUACAUCAUGUUUUAACUGUAUACAGAGUUUUUUUUUUAUUAAACAAUAUCCGCUUGUUUUUAAACAUUGACAUAAACAGACCUAGCACAGAACAAUUGAGUUACCAUCAUUUUUAGCGGCAGUAACAGUAACGUACGUGAAGUCCUCCACUCUUUUUAAUUAACUACCGAUUUACAGUAAAUACUGCCCAUGCCCUCUAUAAAAAUACAAUACGAUAAAAUAUAUAUUUAUACUUCUCUACUAUUGCCUUUACAGCUGCGAUUUAAAAAUGUAAUUCUUUGUUUGCAUUCUAAGAUUUUUUCAUAUUAUAUGUUGUAUUUCGCAUUUGCGAAAAGCACAGGUCUCUCUCUUUUGAUAGAUAUCUAGAUAUAUAGAUAGAGAGAGAGAAUGUCAGUGCUUGGAAAUUCAGGCCUGUGAUUUGGUUAAAACCUUAUCACAUAGGAGCAAAAAUAGAAUUAUCUGUUGUCCUCACAUCCUUACACCAACGGGCAAUAGUCUCCGUCUGUCAUGUGAUUGGUUUACAUCACUGUCCGUCCCAUCCCUUCUCAAAGGAACGCCCUCCAAAAUUAAUUACAAAACCUACUACAAAAUAAAGAAAAAAAAACAACUUGUAUGAACGUCAAAGAUAUUUUGUGUUUAUUUAUGUUAUUUAGUCAUUUCCUUAUGUUGUAUCAGCUAUAUUUAAACAACAUACUGCAGAGCCAUAAAUAUUUGCAACGAAUCACACCCAUAAAUCCUGUUUUACUCCAGAAAUGUUGGCGCCCUGUUGCACUGGUAGUAGUAUAUUACUUCAUUAUGUACAACACUAAGAUAUUCAUGCCAAAAAUGUUCACUUUUUUUCAUACGCAAAAAACGCAUAGUAAAAGGCUCGCAAAUAUAAAUAUUUUACAGUAUUUAAAGUCAUAUUUACUGUCCAAGCUUGUCUCUCAUUAUUUUGACUGACUAAUAGUGGAAAAUUGAAUGCCCCUCGUGAAGACUAUUGUUUCCUGCGGCUUCGGGCAUUUUAGCCCCCUGUCGGUAACAAUAGUCUUCCCUCGGGUCAAUAAUUUUCCAGUAUAGCCCUCCUCUCCAUUCCAUAUCUACUAAUUAUAUAUAUAUACUGAUGCACAAUUAAAACGCAACACUCACGUUUAAUGGAUUUAAUCAAAUAUUUUAAACCUAGAUAUCAAACAAAAUCACAGAAAAUGUGAACAAAAAUAUACACUGUCAAAAUGAAAGCAUUAGAAAGUUAGUAUUGGGUAUGACCUCCCUGAGCAUUAACACAAUCCUGGCAGCGUUGACGCAUAGACCUGAUCAGCCUCUGGAUAGACUGUUCCACCACUCUUCCUGUGCAGCUGCAGCCAGCAGGUGAAGGUUGGCUGGAUGCGGUUGUCUCCUGGGGAUGGCACUGGCGAUUUGGUCUCAUAAAUGUUUUAUGGGACUCGGGUCAGGAGAAAAAUCUGGCCACGACAAGACCUCAACAUUGUUUACUUGAAGUGGUGCAAUUGUAAACCAAGCACUGUGUGGUCUUGCAUUGUACCGCUGGAAAAUCGACUCUUCCGGAUUGGCUUGCAGGAACGGAAAAACUGUUGCCUCAAGGACUUCAUCAAUGUAUCGCUGAGCAGUAAGGUUACCCCCAGUCUGCACCAAAGGCGUUCUUGUGUUAAAGGAGUUUCCUCACCACAUCAUCACACUUCCACCGCCCCACUGGUUGGCUUGAACAACGUAAUAGUCAGCAUAACACUCACCAAAACGUGGUGGGCAGGUGUGGUGACCCUCUGCUUUCCAGGACGUGGCCUGUCCCUUGCAGAGCUGGUUUCUCUGGACUAGUCUGCUGAUUGUUGAAGCAGAACAUCUCAUUCUCCGGGCAACUUCUCUCACAGACAGGCCGCCUUCAAUCAUGCCGAUAGCAACCAGGUGAUCUUUAUUACUCAAGCGGGGCAUGGUCGUAUCUUUUGCUGUUCUUGUUUUAAUUAAAAUCAUGUCUUUUCAAAUGGCUAUUUAUAUAGAAACUCAUUUUGGCAAUUUUAACUCAACUCAAAUACCAAACACUGAGCACCUGACGUUUUUAUGAAAUCACAUGACUUAUGAUUUCAUAAAAUCAGAGAACCACAUUUGAAUGUCAUUUGAUCCUCUGACGUCUAAACGUCUGAUGUAUCCUAGGAUACAGUGUAGGGCUGCUUAUUACAAUGUCAGAGUCAAAAUAAAACAGCAUUUUAAUCAAAAUAUUGUGUAUUUCCUAGAAAAUAGUACCAGGAAAAUAUGGAACAACAGACAAAAAUCGGGUAUAAAUCAGUAAAAACCGAAGUCCUGUUAAAAAAAUAAUCCUGUAAUUUUUCAGUAAAAUUCGGAAAAAGCCGGAAACGCGGAACGCUAACUAUAAGCCAUAGUCAUUUUAUAAAAGUAACUGCCAUUUAAACAACAAAUGAAAAAAGCGUUUAUUGUAGCUCCCCUUUUCAGUAAUGUAAAUGCAGAUUAACCCUAUGAGCUGUAUCCCACGGUCAGUGGCUUUCAAAUGAUGUACAUAUCGGUGAAAUUCAUAUUAGUCAAGCCUAAAUAUUGCUGUAUUUGAAUAACUAUUUUAUUAACAUACUAGUUAAAUGGCAUGUAUUAUUAUUAGGGCAUUUACAUUUCUAAAACUAAUUACACAUUUGUAUUUUUACAGGUAUUUAAGUUAUAGGUUCUAUAUUUAGCCAAGAAGAACAACCCCUAUACUGUUACAUGACUGGUAAAUAGAAUCACUUGUUAAAGCCGUACAGUACAGUGCUUUCAUAUAACAAGGGUUGUAUUGUGAUUUUUAUCUUAACAAGUUUGUAUUGUCAGUGUUAAAAAAUGUUGAAUGGUCAAAUCUCCAGUUUUAGCUAUUAUUAGACUUGCCAUUAGAUGCAGGUAUUUGAAUUAGUCUGUACCUAUAUUGUACAUUUUGCUUUACUUUGCAAAUCAUACAAGCGUGUUCAGUUCACUGCAGAAAUCCUAGCAUCACGCUUGAUGAGAUACUUGUGUGUCCGAGUCAAAUGUCUGAUCUGGUUUUUAGAGAAACCUAACCAGCUCUCGUACUAUAUGCAAAGUGAGUGCCUGGAGGUGCAAGGAUUUAACUGAACUGGGUGGUGUUCCCCUGUAUUUGUACUGUACCGGCAUCAAGCUCCAACCUUAAGAUGAUUCAGAAUCAGGAGAAACGGCCAAAUUGUGUGAGAAACGGCCAAAUUGUUUGGGGUGCUGUUACUGUAGCAUGCAAAGCACUGUUGGGCAUGUUGGUGUUUGGAUUCACUCUCAAGUCCACUGUUCACAUUGUGCUCUAGAAGCAAAAUGGCAAGAUCCUAGAAUUGAGAGUGCUGCGAAUGGGGCUCAGAGGCAGUCUGUUCUGGUCUAAGGAACUUGUGCUGAAUGCCCCUGGUCAUUUUCAGGAGUUUGAAGCAGUGUAGUAUAAAUCUGUGUCCGCUCAGCCACAAGAAGUCUAUACCAGUAUAGCAAGAAUCAUCCAUUUUUUUCUCCAAGAGUCCUGUCUACUAGUAGGUCAGCCUGGGUGUGCUGUUUAAGCCAACUGGGGAAAGAAAGUGCCUGUCAUUAUGAAGACAAAUGUAUUCACACUUCCUAGCAAAUCUACCUGUUUCUGUUGAACUGGCCUGCUGUCUUUAAGAGACCGUGCAACUGUACUGCCAGCUUAGAAGUACAGUACUAGAACUGACCUAAAUGUUUUAAAUAGCAAUUUAUAUGUGCUGCUCUUGUCUGUCUCCAGUGUUUUUCCAAGUUAGUUUUACUGUUCUUUGGAUUUUGGGUUUUCAAAUGUUUCACAUUUACUGAUGAUUCAUGUCACUGCUAUGUUGCAAGAAUCUUGGGAUUGGCAUAGGUUUGACACCAAACCCAUGCCGAAGGUUGUAAUGCUGCAAUUACUGAAAUGGAGGUUGACAGAUAAGAACUUGUAUAAGUAAGUUUUGAAUGAAUGAGCAUUACUCUUACAAGAAUACAAAAAAUAGCAAUAUAAUGCAGUGUUGGGAAUUAGUUACUUUUAAAUACAGUAGUACUGCACACACAUUCUGGGCCUUUCGCAGUACUGCUGCAUUACAUGUUUGCAAGGGUAGUGCUUUAUUAACAAGAGGCUUCUGUUUCUUUUUGUUUUGAAUUGGUAAAUAACUUGCCGGCAAUGAUCACUGUUCUUUGAGUUGAACAUUUCUGUAUGUUUUUCGAUUCAUAAGCACUUUGUUUUAAACUGGUAAUUGUGUCUGAUUUGUUUUUAUAAUAAUACUUUCUGUAUCAUUUGUUUUGAAUGAAUAAAUACAGCUGUUUUUUUGUUGGAAAAUAUAACUGUG